AUGCAGGAGCGUCCUCCUUUCCUGCACGCGGCCUCUGAGGUCCGCGAGGACACUGACAGUGCUGCCACUAUGAAGCCCGAAGAUACCUCGUCCUCCCACUCCCACUCCCACGAGGGUACCAGCAAGGCAGACGACUGGAGCCUGAUGCCCCAGAUCAAGCAGCAGCACCAACGCGAUGUCGCCUCUGGCUUCAAGCGCCGUGAACUGGGCGUCACCUGGCGGAACCUCAAUGUCGAAGUCGUCAGCGCCGAAGCCGCCGUCAACGAAAACUUCCUCUCGCAGUUCAACAUCCCUCAACACAUCAAGGAAGCUCGUCACAAAGCGCCGUUGCGGAAGAUUCUGCAGGAUAGCCAUGGUUGUGUGCGUCCUGGUGAGAUGUUGUUGGUGCUGGGACGGCCUGGCUCUGGCUGCACGACGCUGUUGAAGAUGCUUGCCAACCAGCGUCGUGGGUACAAGUCUAUUCAGGGUGAUGUUCGCUUUGGUUCGAUGACUCCCGAACAGGCCGCGCAGUAUCGUGGCCAGAUUGUUAUGAACACUGAAGAAGAACUGUUCUUCCCGUCCCUGACUGUUGGUCAGACCAUGGACUUUGCAACCCGUCUCAAGGUCCCGUUCAAUCUCCCUGAAGGUACUAAAUCCCCCGAAGCCUAUCGUCAAGAGACCAAGAAGUUUUUGUUGGAGUCCAUGGGUAUCUCGCACACGGAGGACACCAAAGUCGGUAACGAGUUCGUUCGUGGUGUGUCUGGUGGUGAGCGCAAGCGUGUGUCUAUCAUCGAGUGUCUGGCCACGCGUGGAUCGGUUUUUUGCUGGGACAACAGUACCCGUGGUCUCGACGCUAGUACUGCCCUGGAAUGGACCAAGGCUAUCCGCGCCAUGACUGAUGUCUUGGGUCUCUCGUCCAUCGUCACGCUGUACCAGGCUGGUAAUGGUAUCUACGAUCUGUUCGACAAGGUGCUCGUACUGGAUGAGGGUAAGCAGAUCUACUACGGCCCUAUGGCCCAGGCUCGUCCCUUCAUGGAGGAUCUUGGUUUCGUCUGUCGCGAAGGUUCCAACGUCGCCGAUUUCCUGACUGGUGUCACUGUCCCCACGGAGCGCAAGAUUCAACCCGGAUAUGAGAACCGCUUUCCCCGAACCGCAGAGGCCCUGCGGACGGAAUACGAAAAGUCACCCAUCCACGCUAGCAUGAUCGCUGAAUACGACUACCCGACCAGUAGCCUGGCACAAGAACGAACCGAUGAAUUCAAAGACGCCGUCCUUCACGAGAAAGCCAAACUGCCCAACAACAGCCCCUGGACCGUCAGCUUCGUGGAUCAAAUCAAGACAUGUAUCCAACGUCAGUACCAGAUCCUCUGGGGAGCCAAGGAGACCUUCAUCAUCAAGCAAGUCUCUACCCUGGUCCAAGCUCUGAUCGCCGGUUCGCUGUUUUACGAUGCUCCCAACAACUCUGGUGGUUUGUUCGUCAAAUCUGGUGCCCUAUUCUUCUCUCUGCUCUACAACAGUUUGCUGUCCAUGUCCGAAGUCACGGACUCGUUCAGCGGUCGGCCCGUUCUCAUCAAGCACAAGAACUUUGCCUUCUUCCACCCGGCUGCGUUCUGUCUUGCUCAGAUUACGGCUGAUAUUCCUGUUUUGCUCUUCCAAAUUUCGAUUUUUUCGAUCGUGGUUUACUUCAUGGUCGGUUUGACGAUGUCCGCUGAUGCCUUUUUCACUUACUGGGUCAUUGUUUUCGCCACAACUAUGGUUAUGACGGCUUUGUUCCGUGCCAUUGGUGCUAUGUUCAGCACGUUUGACGGCGCAUCCAAGGUUUCCGGUUUCCUCAUCUCGGCUCUGAUCAUGUACACCGGUUAUAUGAUUCACAAGCCGCAGAUGCACCCCUGGCUCGGAUGGAUUUACUGGAUCGACCCCUUGGCUUACGGUUUCGACGCCCUUCUAUCGAACGAGUUCCACGGCAAGACGAUUCCUUGUGUGGGAUCCAACCUUGUGCCCACUGGUCCCGGUUACAUGGAUACUGAAUUCCAAUCUUGCGCUGGUGUUGGUGGUGCCAUUCAGGGACAGAACUACGUUACCGGCGACAAUUACUUAAAAUCCCUGUCGUACAGUCAUGGACAUGUCUGGCGGAACUUUGGUAUCCUCUGGGCCUGGUGGGCUCUGUUCGUCGUCGUCACCAUUAUCGCCACCACCGGAUGGAAGGCUGCGUCGGAAUCUGGAAACACCCUCCUGAUUCCUCGCGAGCGAUUGGAAAGUGUUCGCCAGGCCAGCCGCGCCGACGAGGAGUCCCAGAUGGUCGAGAAGCCUGGCAAGUCGGCCGAGGCUGAGCAGAAGAAGCAAGAGGAUAUCGACAAACAACUGAUCCGCAACACCUCUGUCUUCACCUGGAAGAACCUUAGUUACACUGUCAAGACUCCCUCUGGUGAUCGUUUGUUGCUCGACGACGUGCACGGCUGGGUCAAGCCUGGUAUGCUGGGUGCGCUGAUGGGCUCGUCUGGUGCUGGAAAGACUACUCUGCUGGAUGUGUUGGCGCAACGCAAGACCGAAGGUACUAUCAAGGGUUCUAUCAUGGUCGAUGGUCGUCCGUUGCCUGUUUCCUUCCAGCGGUCCGCAGGAUACUGUGAGCAGCUGGAUGUGCACGAGCCUUUUGCGACCGUUCGGGAAGCCCUGGAAUUCUCUGCUUUGCUUCGUCAACCACGCCAUGUGCCUCGCGAGGAGAAGCUGCAGUACGUCGACACGAUUAUCGAUCUUUUGGAAUUGCACGACAUUGCGGAUACGUUGAUUGGACGCGUUGGUGCUGGUCUGAGCGUUGAGCAGCGCAAGCGUGUUACCAUUGGUGUUGAACUGGUGUCUAAGCCCAGCAUCUUGAUCUUCUUGGACGAGCCUACCUCCGGUCUCGACGGACAGUCUGCCUACAACACGGUUCGGUUCCUUCGCAAGCUGGCUGAUGUCGGUCAGGCUGUUCUGGUUACCAUCCAUCAGCCCUCCGCUCAGCUAUUUGCCGAAUUCGAUACCCUUUUGCUGUUGGCCAAGGGCGGUAAGACCGUCUAUUUCGGUGAUAUUGGUGACAACGGUCAAACGGUUAAGGACUACUUUGCGCGCUACGGAGCCCCGUGCCCGAAAGAGACCAACCCGGCUGAGCACAUGAUUGACGUCGUUUCGGGUCACCUCUCGCAGGGUCGCGACUGGAACCAGGUAUGGUUGGAGUCUCCGGAACACCACCAGGUGGUUCAAGAACUGGACCAGACAAUCGAUGAGGCCGCAUCCAAACCCCCGGGUACGCAAGAUGACGGGUUCGAAUUUGCAAUGCCUCUUUGGCAGCAGACGAAGAUUGUGACGCAGCGCAUGUGUCUGGCCAUCUUCCGCAAUAUAGACUACAUCGAUAACAAGCUCGCACUGCACAUCGGCUCUGCUCUCUUCAACGGAUUUUCGUUCUGGAUGAUCGGCGAUGGAGUCUCGGACAUGCAACUGCGCAUGUUCACAGUCUUCAAUUUCAUCUUCGUCGCUCCCGGUGUCAUCAACCAACUGCAACCCCUCUUCCUCGAACGCCGCGACAUCUUCGAAACCCGCGAGAAGAAGUCCAAGAUGUAUUCGUGGAUCGCCUUCGUCACCGCCCUCAUCGUCUCUGAACUCCCCUACCUUUGCCUCUGCGCCGUCCUCUACUUUGUUUGCUGGUACUACACCGUUGGGUUCUCGUCUGACUCCGACAAGGCCGGCGCCAUGUUCUUCGUCAUGCUCAUGUACGAGUUCGUCUACACGGGUAUCGGCCAGUUCAUCGCCGCCUACGCCCCCAACGCCGUAUUCGCAGCCCUCACCAACCCGCUCGUCAUCGGUACCCUGGUAUCCUUCUGCGGUGUCCUCGUGCCCUAUGCCCAGAUCCAGGCGUUCUGGCGGUACUGGAUCUACUAUCUCAACCCCUUCAACUACCUCAUCGGCAGUAUGCUGGUGUUCGGUGUCUACGACACAGACGUGAACUGCAAGAAGAACGAACUCGCCAUCUUCGAUACCCCCAACGGCACCACCUGCGGCGACUACCUCUCCACCUUCAUGCAGGGCAUGGGCUCGCGCAUGAACCUACUCAACCCCGAUGCAACCUCCGGCUGCGAAGUCUGCGAGUACCGUCGCGGAAGCGACUAUCUUUACACGGUGAACCUCAAGGAAUACUAUUACGGCUGGCGUGAUGCGGGGAUCGUGUGUAUUUUCGCGAUUAGCUCGUAUGCGCUGGUGUACUUGUUGAUGAAGUUGCGGACGAAGCAGUCUAAGAAGGCUGAAUGA